AUUCCCGACGAAUAAGUCGAUUUCUAAGUGGAAAUUGCUGCAUUCUAACUCUUCAAAUAUUGCAUACACUCAUAUUCUAAAUGGAGCUUUGCUUUGCACUAGGAAUAUUCUUAUCUAACCUGAAUAUACACCAGAAUUGUUUGCCCUGCUUAAAUAACUCAUGUAAGCAGUGAUAAUUUCACUCGGUUACGUUAGAAAUGAGGUAGAAAAGAAAAUAGACACCCUAUAAUAUAUUGAAAAAAUAUAAAAACUGUAUAACGUCAUAAAAGAACACGUGUUCUCUUUUGUUUUAAAAGAGUGAUAUCGAAAACAAUAUGACAAUACCUGUUUGUUUGAACAGGUUCAAUAAUGAAACUUAUUUUGGGAUCGUUCAAGCAGACUAUAUCAAGCCCUUAUCAGCUGAUAUGUAAAUAAAAAAGUGUCAUAACAUUUUAAGAUAAAGAUUUAACAAAGAUAUGCGUUUAUUGUUGAUUGCGUUUUAGUUAUUUGUUAUCGCAUUAAAGUAUCAUUAGAAAAUGUCAUUGAGGAAAUUUAUGCAUCCAAGAAAUAAGUACAAAAAAGUGCCUGAUUUUAAAGAACUUGCUCUACUGUAUCCAGAAUUUCGUAAAAUUGCCAUCACUAAUCUGGCAGGCAAAGUGAAGAUUGAUUUUAAGAAUGAAGAGAGUUUGAAAGUACUCACAGAAGUAUUACUGAAACAUGACUUUAACUUGAAUGUUAAAGUACCACCAAAUAAAUUAGUACCUACUUUGCCAUUACGUUUGAAUUAUAUUUUAUGGAUUGAAGAUUUAAUGACACAUGCUUCUUUCAAUGAGAUGAAAAAAGUACAUGGCAUAGACAUUGGCACUGGAGCUAUUUGUAUUUAUCCUCUACUAAUUACAAAAAUGUAUGGCAAUCAAAUGAUUGGUACAGAAGUUGAUGAGACAAGUAUACAGACAGCUGUCGAAAAUAUUGAAAAUAAUAAUCUGCAACAUUUAAUAAAAGUACUUAAAGUGAAUGAAGAAACAAUUUUAAAAGGCAUACUGGAAGAAGAUAAAGUUUAUCACUUUACAAUGUGCAAUCCGCCUUUCUUUGAAAUAGAAGGAAUGUCGGAAAAAGUGGUAAAACGGUUACCACCAAGGAAUGCCCCAACUGGAAAUGAAACUGAGCUCACAGUUCAAGGUGGUGAAAGAGCAUUCGUGACACAGAUGAUUGAAGAAAGUAUGGAAUUUAAGGAACGAGUAAAAAUUUAUACCACAAUGUUUGGUAGAAGAAGUAAUUUAUUAUUUUUAUUAAAAUUAUUGAAAAAAAAGAAUAUAGAAAACGCAACGUGGACAGAGUUCUGUCAGGGUCACACGAAACGAUGGGGAUUAGCUUGGUCGUUUUUGUCGAAAGAUAUUAUCGAUUUAACAAAUGCGCCCGUUAUUAGAAAGAGUGGAGAUUAUAUCGCGAGAUUAUUGAAGGAACAGCGUCCAGCAGAAAUACAAUUUCCGAUGCGACACAAAUUUUCUUCCCUCGACCAUUUAGUCCGGUUUCUGGAAGAGACAAUGGAGGAAUUACAUGUACAAAUUAAAGAAUUAAAUUUGCCGAUCGACGAUUUCAACGGCUGGUCGUGUCAACUGAUCGCGCAGGAGAACACCUGGUCCUACGCACGAAGGAAACGUCGCCUAGCACAAAGGCUAAUCAAUCAAUCUAAAGAGAAUGAGACGGAAUGUACGACUGACGAUAAAAAUGAUGACACGCGAAAUAAUUCUAUUGAGGAAAGAGUUGAAACAUCAAUGGAAGAACAAUCUGUUACGAAGCAGCCUUUGUUGAUAUGUAGUUUUUUUGUCGAAGUGGUAGAGCACGAAGAAUCUGAAGAUGACGAUGUAAAGAUUUCUAUAGUUUAUGAGAAAGGAACCGGUGGCAAGAACGCGUUGGAGACGUUUCGUCAAUAUUUGAUUAAUAAACUGGAUGUACGAGAACAUUUUCAGAAACGACAAGCAAAAUCGAAUAAAAAGAAGCGUAAACGAUUAAAGACGAGCGACAAUGAAAAAAAAUCGUUUGCAAGCGAUGAUGUGGAAUCUGCUUAAGACGCCAAGAUCGUAUUCCGUACAAAAUGAUUUAUUUUACGCGCAAACUUCUUGAAAUUACGUAACAGAUUCAAAUCCUCGCGUGACGUGACAAUAGAAAUAAACAUGAUACAAAGAUGAAAGACAGUUUUUCAUGUGAUGCAUGCAGUAUAAAAACUAUGUGGUAAAGCUGUAAGAAUUGUUCUUGUUGAAUGCAAUACAAAUUUCGCAUUGGUCUCGUCCUCGAUUAAUUAAUUUUAUGAGAAAUUUAUUAUCGCUUGUUAGAAAGAGAUCUAUCACUUAUAUUGAAUCCAACAAGACUAAUACCUAAAAAAUAAAAAACGUACGUAUGACUUCAAUAUGCGUAGAGUUAAUCGAUGGCAACUAGAACGGAAGUGACAGUGCUGCCUGAUGGCACAAAAUGAUUUCAAGUAUUGUAUGUACCUACGAAUAAAAUAGCCUAUCGAGAA